AUGCCACUCCGCAUCCAGUUUCCAGUGACAGGUCAGGAGAAGACCAAGGAAUCUAUAAGGAAAUUGAUAAAUGAUGGGCAAUUCCAGGCUGAAGUGGUGGAAAGAUCCUUUCGAGUUUUCUUGCAUGAAGAUCUUCCCGAUCACUGGAAAUUACAAUUCGAUCUCUUAGUUGUGUUGAAGUUCGUCUUCGACCGCAUCAAACCAAGAGGUGUCACUGUGAUCUUUCCAAAUAGGCCACUACGUUACCCGGCUGGAGAUACCGAAGCUCUUCUCAAACUAGCGAGGAUUGAGACUCUCCAUCAAGGGGUCCAACUGUGGACUGAGUAUCUAGCGCAAACCGGCAGCUUGUAUCUUGAGAAUUCCAACUGGCAGAGUGCUUUCCAGAAAACGCGCGAAGGC